AUGGCCGCCAACGAGAACACGUACCUGCUGACGCGCAGCCUCAGCGGCGAGUGGGACGGCGACCACAUGGCGGUGAAGCCCUACAGCCCGGCCGUGACGCUGGCCAUGGCGCUCAACUACAUCAUCGGCACGGGCUGCUUCGGCCUGCCCUACGCCUUCAUGGAGGCGGGCAUCGGCCUCAGCCUUACGCUCAUGAUCGUCGGCGUCAUCGGCUCGCUGCUCACCAUGAACUACACGCUCGAGUCGCUGGCGCGCGCCGAGGGCGUGUGCGCGGCCACGGGCGGCGGCGUGCCGCGCCACCAGAUCACGUACCGCAAGUUCGAGUUCGCCACCAUCGCCGAGAUGUUCGUGGGGCGGUGGGGCAAGGCCGCCGUGCAGCUGGUCAUGGGCUCGUACUGCAUCGGCUCGCUCUGGUCGUACGCGUCCGUGUUCUCGUCGUCCACGGCCUCGCUCUUCUUCUCGUACGUGCUGGGCGAGUCGUGCGACGUCUACGGCGACGCGCCGUCCAGCGGCUGCCUGGACGGCUACUACGUGUUCAUGGCCAUCUUCUCGGCCAUCGUGCUGUCUAUGGUGCUCAUGGACAUCAGCGACCAGGCGCUCGUGCAGAAGUUCCUGUCCGUGUACCGCAUCGUGGCCUUCGCGCUCAUGCUGAUUACCAUGCUGGUCAAGGUGCUGAGCGACGGUGGCGACCUGGUGGCCGCGCGCUACUCCGCCAUUGGGCUGGUGAACUGGGGGAACUUCGGCAAGGGCUUCGGACCCACGCUGCUGGCGCUCAACUGUCAGUACAACAUGCCGGACGCGCUGCAGCCGCUGAACCCCAAGUCCAAGGCGCGCUUCGUGGCGUUCGCGGCUCUGUUGAUUGCUGGUGUCUGCUACCUGCUGGUGGGACUGCUCGGUGCGCUGGCGUUCGACAAGAUCAACCCGUUGGCGACGUUGAUGUGGAGCUCGUACACGGGCUGCGGCAACGGAUGGGAGGAGUGCGGGCACGCCAACCCCGUGGGUAUCAUCGUGCAGCUCAUUAUCCUGCUCUUCCCGGUCGUGAACGUCGUGUCGGCGUACCCGAUGGUCGGUGUUACUGUGGGCGACAACAUGCUCAUGUCGUUCCCGUCGCACCUCACGACGCGCUUUGGCGAGAGCAUCACGCGCAGCUUGUGCCGCCUGUCGGUGGCUGUGCCGCCCAUUCUGUUCGCCAUCGUGUUCAAGCGCCUGGACUUCAUCUUCGCCAUUGCUGGACUGUUCGGAUUCCUGCUGGGACUGACGAUUCCGUGCUGGUUCCAGGUCAUUGGCAGCCGCUACUGCCAGCGCGUGUGGGGAUUCCCUGGCGCAGCGAUCACCGAGUUCACGGAGCCUAUCGUGAGCUCCGUCCCCUUCGCGAGCACUUUCCUGGCCCUGACAUUCGUCAUCACGGCCGUCGCUAUUGCUACGCUCAACGCAUGA